UGAUGCUUUAGCAUGUGUGUCUAUAUACUUUCUUAAGAACACAGGACCACCCACAAUACAACUGGAAUAAAUGAACUGUAAAGAUGGAAGCACUGGCCAAACCAGCCCAGCUGAUGUUGCUGCUUCUGUGGCAAAGAGUAUGGGCUUUGGACAUCCCUCUGGAAAUCAGACAACCCCCAACCAUUUACAAACAGUCAAUGAAGGAGCAUAUUGUUGACCCCAAAGACACGAUGGUCAUAGAGUGUGAGGCCAAAGGAAACCCUCAUCCCAUUUUCUCGUGGAGGCGAAAUGGGAAGUAUUUCAACGUGGCGCGUGACUCUCAGGUAUCCAUGCGCAGGCACUCAGGGACGCUGGACAUCUCUGCUUGGAACAAUCCCGAACAAUAUGAAGCUGAUUAUCAGUGCAUUGCGUCCAAUGAGUAUGGCUCCGCGUACUCCAACAUCAUCAGAGUCCGCCUUUACAGAGCCCCCGUGUGGCCGAGGGAGAUCAUAGAGCCGGUGGUCGUCAGUGCCGGGAUGUCUUUGGUCUUGCCCUGUGACCCUCCACCUGGGCCCCCUAAACCUGAAACCUACUGGAUGACCAGCUGUUCUUAUGCCAGACCCUUCAACUGGCCAAUCCAGACAGCUUUCCCCACCAUGCAGGCUGUGCGGCAGGACCGCAGAGUUUCCAUGGGGGUGAAUGGGGAUCUGUACUUCUCCAACGUACUGUUCAAUGACUCCGUUGCUGACUUCUGUUGUAAUGCCCGUUUUCCUUAUAAGAACGUCAUCCAGCAGAAGAUGCCCGUGGUUGUUAAGGUGCAUACCACUCGAUCAGUGGUCGAGGCUGCCCCCACCUGGCUGUCUCCAACGGGACUGUCCAGCUCCAAACUGGUCCUGCUGGGAGAGGAGCUUCUCCUGGAGUGCAUCGCUGCAGGAGUGCCAACUCCUCAUAUCACCUGGACCAAGGACGGUCAAGACCUCACAGCAACGCCACAAAUGAAGAUAAAGAACUUCAAUAAGUUGAUUCAGAUCCCAAAGGCCACAUUUGAAGAUGCUGGUGAAUAUGUGUGCACCGCCACCAAUAAGAUCAGCCACAUUCAGCACACCAUAACGGUCAAGGUCAAAGCGGCUCCAUUUUGGUUGGAGAAGCCCACCAAUUUAGUCAUGGCCCCUGAAGAAAAUGGACGUAUGGUUUGUCGUUCUGAUGGGGCCCCCCGCCCCACAGUCACGUGGCUCGUCAAUGGGGAACCCAUUGAAAAUGAGACUCCACAGCCUAAUAGAAAGGUGUCAGGUGAAACGCUGAGCUUCCACACUGUCACGGUUGACAACACUGCUGUUUACCAGUGCAACGCCUCAAACCCCUACGGUUACUUAUUGGCAAAUGCUUUCGUCAGUGUGCUACAUGCAACACCGCGCAUCCUUGGGCCCAAGAAUGAACUAACAAAGGUGGUUGAGGGAAGUCGCACCUUUUUGGACUGCCGUUAUUUUGGCUCCCCAGUGCCCGAUUUGAGAUGGUCCAAAUAUGGACAGGGAAGUCUGGAAGGAAAUCGUUUUCGCACCCACAACAAUGGAACUCUGGAGAUCAAGCAAAUACGGAUAGAAGACCAGGGAACAUAUGUGUGUGUGGUCAGCAACAUCGCAGGAAGGGACGAGAGUCAAGUCAGAGUGGAAGUCAAAGAACCUACGGUAAUUGUAACACGACCACAGAGUAUGAAAGUGGUGCGUGGGAAUGAUGUACGAUUUGACUGCGGCGUGAAAACAGAUGUUACGACACCGGUCACAACCACGUGGAUGAAGGACAAGAAGCCAGUCAGGCUCGGAUGGAGACUGACGCUAGAGGAAUCCAAUCUGGUCAUCACUAACGUAAACAGAGACGAUGAGGGCAGCUACACCUGCUUCAUCAAGAGCGAACUGGACCAGAAAUCAGCCACAGCACAUCUAAUGGUGAUGGACCGUCCGAAUCCCCCCACCAAUCUGGAGUUGUCGGAUCCAUAUGAGCGCAACGUAAGACUCAGUUGGAUUCCUGGAGACAGCAACCACAGCCCCAUCACAGAGUACUUAGUGCAGUAUGAUGACGACGACUGGUUACCAGGAAAAUGGAAGAACCUCUCCUCAUACCCAGGGACUCUCAACUCUGUCCUUCUGCAUCUUUCACCUUUCACCUACUACGAGUUCAGAGUCAUCGCUGUGAAUGAAAUUGGACCCAGUCGCCCGAGUCGCCCUUCAAUGCGAUUUCAAUCCAGUGGUGCACCCCCAGAUGCCAUUCCAAAGAACCUAAAGGGUGUGGGUACCUGGAGGAAUAACAUGGAGAUCAGUUGGGAGCCACUGACCUGGAGAGAAUGGAAUGGACCACACCUCAAAUAUCUGGUGUGGUGGAGACGGAGAGACUCCAGAGAAGAGUGGAAGAAUGCCACCACUAAAUGGCUGAGAUACUACAUAUAUGAUGCCGACACCUUCACUCCUUAUGAUCUAAAGAUCCAGGCUGUCAAUGACUUUGGCCUGGGCCCUGAGUCCCCUGUAGUUACUGGGUACUCUGGUGAAGACCGUCCCUUGACUGCUCCCCUGAACCUGAGAGUGUCUGACAUUGAAAGCACAGAAGUGACGCUGCACUGGGACCAUGUGUCCCGUGAGUCAAUCAUGGGGGUACUGAAAGAAUACAAGGUUUACUACUGGAGGGACAGCAGCCAGUUGCGGUGGCACAGAGUGAACCGAGCCAUGAAGUCCCAUACGUUUGCAAACGAUGAUCCAGAACCCUCUGGAGUACUCACUGGACUUUUCCCCUACAGUAACUACAAGAUUUACAUCGUGGUGGCAAACAAUCGAUAUGAAGGUCCACCCAGCAAUAGCAUCUUCUUCUCAACCCCAGAGGGAGUUCCAUCGGCUCCCAGUUCCUUCAGGAUCCAACAGCGCCAUCUAGACAGUAUUUAUGUUGACUGGGACCUGCCAGCAGAACCCAACGGCAUUAUCACUGGGUAUUCCCUCCAGUACCAGACAGUGAAUGCCACCAGAGGAGAGGAGCAGCGAGUCGAGGAGUUCCCUCCGAAUGUUACGAGCUUCUCCAUCCGCCGAUUAGACCGCUACACUCGAUACAGGUUCUCUGUGGCCGCUCGAACUCAGGUCGGAUUAGGGGAGUGGCACACGGAGGAGUCCCCCCACUACACUACUGAAAUAUAUGCCCAGGACCAGGUGGACAUUACCACACAGGGAUGGUUCAUUGGGAUCAUGUGUGCUGUGGCUCUGAUCGUGCUCAUCCUUCUCAUCGUCUGCUUCAUCAAGAGGAGCAGAGGGGGGAAAUACCCCGUGCGGGAGAAAAAGGAGAUUUCACUGGAACACAUGGAUGAAAAAGAUCAGUUGGGUUCAUUUGACUAUCGAUCUCUGGAAAGGAUAGCACGAGUGUCUACCCUUCCCUACCCCCGAAGGGAGGAGGAGAGAGGUCUCCAGCGGGGCCAGCCAUCUAUGGAGAUGAUGAUAAAGCCGUCGGACAGUGACGACAGUCUGGUGGACUACGGAGAUGGAGGGGAGAUUCACUUUAGUGAGGAUGGCUCAUUUAUUGGCCAGUACAACGGAACCAGAAGGGACGUCAGGGAGCUGGACUUUGGUGGAAGUCUGGAGCUUCACUCUCCACUGAACACUAUCUACUCUCUGGCAUGACACAACGUCCAACUGCCACAGUGCAUUUCCAAAGGAAUAACAGUUGGGAGAUGUUUAAUCAUCUGCACCAACAGAAGGAUUAGAGUCUUGGAUGGAGAGUCAGAACCGGAUCAGAUUAUCAUGUUAAUAAAAGCAACUGCAAGGACCCAGAGAACUGUUCUAUUAAAAGUUCCUUGUGUUUAUGUACUAAUUUAUAAAUUCGCAAUUAUAAUGUAAGGACGGGGAUUACACAUUGAACAAAGGAUGAGUUAAGAUGUUACUUUGGAAUUUGGUUCAUUUGGCCAAACAAUACCUGUCAUUAUAUCUAUUAGGAGGUAACUCUACACCAGCUGUAGAAUCAUUUGACG